AUGAAAUUCCGAAAAAUAAUUAAGUUAGUAAAAGAUAAUAACCUAACGAGAAAAUUAGAUAAAUUGAAAGUAUAAUAUUUAAUAAAUUCUCUAAUUCAUAUUAGAAGAGAUCAAUUUAUGCUAAAUUCUAUUAGAUAAUUAGAGACUCAAAUUGAAAAAAUCGAAGUUUAAAGAAUUUUUCAAUUUUCUUAAACAAAAUGUUACAUUUUGCAAAAGAAUUUAACAUAUAAAAAUCAAUUAAAGAGACAAAUAAGUAAAAUAAAGUGA